CCAUGUUUGGUUGCUUUGUUGUAGGCUUGUACUAGGUUUCCUACAGAAUUACUAAGUGUGGAAAUGGAGGCAAGCUGGAGUACGUUUCUUUUCCAACAGGCCAAUGAAUCCCUCCACCAUCAGCACCAGGUGGCCCAGAACAGCCUGCUGCCGCUUCUCAAUGCAGGAAGUGAACCGAUCGACCAAAAGCCCGUGCUGCCCAUCCAAAUGGACCAGAAGAACCCUUCCAUUGCCCUGGAUCUCCUCAAAGACAAUGUGGCCAGCGGAGGAGGUGGACGGCCUCCAGUGCCUGUGAUCAAAAAAGAGCACAAAGGCAAAACGCCGUUUGUUUGCGGCUACUGCAACAAAGCCUUCCGCGACAGCUACCACCUGCGACGCCAUGAGUCCAGCCACACGGGAAUCAAAAUGGUGUCGCGGCCAAAGAAGACGGCGCAGACGGCCCCAACCAUGGUGCCAAUGAUCUCCACCAUGCAGAGGGAGAACAACGGAAACGUUUCCUACAUCUCCACGGCGGCGGGCAUCCUUUCCACAGCGACCACGUCAGUUUCUUCGGGCGCGAGCAUUAUGACCUCUGCAAUGGGCAACUUAUCGCACCACCACCACCAGCAGACUGUCCCCAAGAAGCCAGGCAAACCUGUCAAGAAAAACCACGGCUGCGAGAUGUGCGGCAAGGCCUUCCGCGAUGUUUACCAUCUGAAUCGCCACAAGCUGUCCCAUUCAGAUGAGAAGCCCUUCGAGUGCCCCAUUUGUCACCAACGGUUUAAAAGGAAGGACCGGAUGACCUACCACGUUCGCUCUCAUGAUGGCGGAGUCCAUAAGCCCUAUGUGUGUUCCGUCUGCGGCAAAGGUUUUUCCAGGCCCGACCACUUGAGUUGUCACGUGAAGCAUGUUCAUUCUUCUGAACGACCGUUCAAAUGUCAAGUGACGGCAUGUACCUCUGCUUUUGCCACCAAAGACAGACUGCGUUCUCACAUGAUCAGACACGAGGGGAAGGUGACCUGCAGCAUUUGUGGAAAGAUGUUGAGUGCAGCUUACAUCACCAGCCACCUGAAGACUCAUGGCCAAGCCAACUUCAACUCUUGUAAUAAAGACGAGGUCUGCAACUCUGCCUCAGCGACACCCGUGACAGUUUCAGCUCCCAUUACCACAGCAAUGAAUCGGGGCAACUCCAACAACAACAACAACGCUGUCACCAUCGCGGCGCAAAUGAACAUCAGCACCAACACGGUCAACAUCACCUCGCCGAUCAGCCUUCAGCAUCCGCUCACCAUCACCGGGCCCGUCAAUAUCGCCUCCGUCAACAUCCCCGCCACCGCCUCCAUGAAUAUCGCCCACCCAGUGGCAAUAACCACCCCCAUGCCUAUGAAUAUCGCCGGCCCGCUUAACAUUGCCAUGAGGUCGGUAGAUAGCAUGCCUUUCUUGUCCCAAGUCUUGCCGUCUUCCCCGCCAUGGUAAAAAAGAAAAAAAAAACAGGAAAAGGAGCAUGGAACUGGCCACAAAGAAAGGAAAAUAAAGUCAAGCAAUUUGCCCCUUAGGCCUAGCUCUGUUUUUUUUUUUUUUUUUUUUUUUUUAAACCCUCCAUAUUUUUUUCUAUCACACCUCCAAGCGCGUGCUGCGUUUCCAAGAGCUUUGCAGCCAGCCACGAGGUGCCGGCCAAGUCUCAGCUGCAUCACGACUAAUGCUACAAGAGUGAUAGGAGAUGCGCAACACUUGAGUAGAAUCCAAGUAGGACCGUCCUUGAAAGAGAAGGACAAGUUUAGGACUUAUCUAAGUCAGGUAGAAUGACAAACUGUGAGGUGAUUCCUCCUACGUGAUGAUGAACUCUCUCGAAAGAUUUGUUUUUAGGAGGUUACCAUUGGAGAGAAGUGAUGGACUGACCUUUCUCCAGCAGUCUUUGUAUGUUAACUAUAGCUUGGCUGCCCUUAUUUAAUGUAGGAAAGAAGCAUAGUGAAAAGGGUUAGCAGCUUCCAUGUGCACGGAAGAAUAUUUUUUCACCGUGCUACGGCUUUUCUGUGUUCUUUUCAGAUAGUAGCUACUACGCUCUUGAGGUACAGGUGUACAUUUGACAUAGUCCGCUUUUUAAGUUUUUAACCUGUCUUUUUAAGAGGAUAUCUUCAAAAGUGUCCGCUUGAUGAUGAAAUGUUUGUAUUUUUAUAUUUGUAUGGAAUCAUGAAGACUUGCGUUAGUAUGUUCAAAUAUGUUUCAACGUGCACCCCACCCAGCUUCCCAAUGUCACCAGAGUGGAUUGAGUCUCGCACUGAACAAACGUCCCACGUAGGCAAAGAGCAGCAGUAUUAGUAUCGAAGGGCACGCUAACGUUGCUAACCUGUCCUGUCGUCUCAGUGGUUAAAACUGGAAAGACACAGCUGGAUCUUGAAUUUCUGCCAGAAAAAGUUAUGAGGUGAUGUCUGAUUCCUCCAUAAACCUCUCCCAACAUUUAUCUCCCACUGCCCCGAAAAGACUCACUCAGGAAACACCUUCAAACGAACAUGUUCUUCACAUAUUCAUUCUGGCCUUUUAUGUGGUUUUCGUUUGUUUGUUUUCUUUGGGGUGUGGAAAAUAUUUGAGAACCUAAGGUCACUUGUCCCAGAACAAAAAUGUCAACAAUCACCAGUGGCUCUGUGGACAUUUUUUGUCUCGCUUUUGUUUUUUGAUUUAGAUCUUGUUUGCACUGGAGUAUCAUACCGGAGGAACUUAAUUGGUUUAUAUUAAUUCGAAGGGUUAUUGUGUAUGUUUGAUUCUGUUUGCUAAGGGUUAGCAACAUAUCCCCUCCCUCCAAAAACGUUCAAGGGAGCUUAUUCUUGUGCAAAUCAGCAUUAUGGCUUGAUGAGUUGAAUGUUGGGGCUUUUUUUUGUAUUUUUUAUUCCCUUUGAGAGUGGUUCUCAGAUGAUGCAUGAAGGAGCGUUUUGAGUUGUUGGUUGCCUACAGACCUCCCUACUUCCAUCACGGACAAAAGUAGUAUUAUUUUAAAAAUAUAGUUGUUCACCGACUUGCUGUACAAUGGCAUAUCUACUGUACAUUUUAGUUGUUUUUUUCUAACAAACAGCAGUCACAGGCUGAGAAUUAUUCCAACUGAUGUUGGGGGGGGAUUUAAUGAGAGAAUAUUGAGACAAGACUGACAUUGCAUGACCCUGAACACUAUAACUUUGUUGAAUAUUUUAUUUUUUUAAUGAAUGCAUUGUUGUUUGACAGUGUUGCAACUCCUGAAGACUUUCAGUUGACACUGAAAAAAAAUGCAAUAUGCAUGAUUGUCAUUGUUCAUUUUUUUUUAACAAAAUAGUAUUAUUUUCUUAAUGUACGUAUUGCAUAGAUACACUAUAAUAGACUGUUUGCCAAAUUUGAUACAGCGAUAAUGUGAUGAAUUCAACUUAUGUUGAUGUUAUUGUUGAAUUGAGCAUCUCUUUAUUUUUUAAGACAAAUAUGAAUUGGAAAUUCCAUGAGCCUCGUGAAAGCAGUUGAAUGUAUAUCUUUGUACAAAAGUAUUUUAGGUCUGCAGAUACAGUAGUAAAGAUAGAUGUGAAAGAUAAAAUAACCCUUUUUUUAAAAUAAAACUUUUGUAUUAGAAUAUUAACAAUGGUAAUUUUGUAUAUACAAGAAAGUAGGCUUUCCAAUUAGAUGAAACAUUCCUGCAUUUUUUUUUAAAUGUAUGUUUGUCAGAUUAUUACAUGAACAUGCGCAAUGUUAUGUGCCUUUUAUUUGGGUUGUCUAAAUAAAAGAAAAUCAUUACAUA